AUGCAAGCUGUAGUGCCCUUGAACAAGAUGACAGCCAUCUCACCAGACCCUCAAACUCUGGCCUCGACUGAACAAAAUGAGGUCCCAAGAGUGGUUACUUCUGGGGAGCAAGAAGCUAUUUUAAGAGGAAAUGCGGCUGACGCAGAGUCUUUCAGACAGAGGUUUAGGUGGUUUUGUUACUCAGAAGUAGCUGGACCCAGGAAAGCUCUGAGUCAACUCUGGGAGCUCUGCAUUCAGUGGCUGAGACCAGACAUUCACACGAAAGAACAGAUUUUAGAGCUUUUGGUGUUUGAGCAGUUCCUGACCAUUUUGCCUGGGGAAAUCAGGAUUUGGGUAAAGUCACAACAUCCUGAGAGUAGUGAGGAGGUGGUGACCCUAAUAGAAGAUUUGACCCAGAUGCUUGAAGAAAAAGAAGAUCCAGUCUCUCAAGAUUCUACUGUUUCCCAAGAGGAGAACUCAAAAGAGGAUAAAAUGGUCGCUGUUUGUCCCAAUACUGAGUCCUGUGAAUCUAUAACAUUGAAGGAUGUAGCUGUGAACUUUUCAAGAGGAGAGUGGAAGAAGCUGGAGCCUUUUCAAAAGGAGCUAUAUAAGGAAGUGCUACUGGAAAACUUCAGGAACCUAGAAUUUCUGGACUUUCCAGUUUCAAAAUUAGAGUUGAUUUCCCAGCUAAAGUGGGUUGAAUUGCCAUGGCUGCUGAAAGAAGUCUCAGAAGGCUCCCGACCAGAUGAAUCGGCUUUAGAUAAAAUAAUAGAAAGAUGCCUCAGGGAUGAUGAUUAUGGCUUGAUGGAAGAAUUCCAGCAAUAUUGUGGCAGCUCAGAGGAGGAUCACAGUAAUCAGGGAAAUUCAAAAGGAACAGUCACACAAAAAACUCUUGGCAGUGGCAAUAGGGGUGAGGAAUUUGACCCAGAUAAAAGCCCCUUUGGACAUAAUUUCAAAGAAACUUCAGACUUACUUAAACAUCUGAGAGUCUACUUGAGGAAGAAAUCUCGGAGGUAUAAUGAAAGCAAGAAACCCUUCAGUUUUCAUUCAGACCUUGUUCUGAACCGCAAGGAGAAAACCACUGGAGAAAAGUCACGGAAAUCUAAUGAUGGUGGGAAAGUCUUAAGUCACUCUUCAGCUCUUACUGAACAUCAGAAACGUCAGAAGAUUCAUUUGGGGGAUAGGUCCCAAAAAUGCAGUAAGUGUGGGAUAAUCUUUAUUAGAAGAUCAACUCUUUCUAGGAGAAAAACCCCUAUGUGUGAGAAAUGUCGGAAAGAUUCAUGUCAAGAAGCAGCCUUAAAUAAAGAUGAGGGAAAUGAGACUGGAGAAAAAACUCAUAAAUGUAGUAAGUGUGGAAAAGCCUUUGGCUAUAGCGCCUCACUCACCAAACAUCGGAGAAUUCACACUGGAGAAAAACCCUAUAUGUGUAAUGAAUGUGGAAAAGCUUUUAGUGAUAGUUCAUCACUCACACCACAUCAUAGAACUCACAGUGGAGAGAAACCCUUCAAAUGUGAUGAUUGCGGGAAAGGUUUCACCCUAAGUGCUCACCUCAUUAAACAUCAGAGAAUUCAUACUGGAGAAAAACCUUAUAAAUGUAAAGACUGUGGGAGACCCUUCAGUGACAGUUCAUCUCUUAUUCAGCACCAGCGAAUUCAUACUGGAGAAAAACCCUAUACAUGUAACAAUUGUGGAAAAUCCUUCAGUCAUAGCUCAUCCCUUUCCAAACAUCAGAGAAUUCAUACUGGAGAGAAACCCUAUAAAUGUGGCGAAUGUGGAAAAGCCUUUAGACAGAAUUCAUGCCUUACCCGGCAUCAGAGAAUUCACACUGGAGAAAAACCGUAUUUGUGUAAUGAUUGCGGAAUGACUUUUAGCCAUUUUACAUCUGUGAUUUAUCAUCAAAGACUUCAUUCAGGAGAAAAACCCUACAAAUGUAACCAAUGUGAGAAAGCCUUCCCAACCCAUUCACUGCUUAGUCGUCAUCAGAGAAUUCAUACUGGUGUAAAACCUUAUAAAUGUAAAGAAUGUGGGAAGUCCUUCAGUCAGAGUUCAUCUCUUAAUGAGCACCACCGAAUUCAUACAGGAGAGAAACCCUAUGAAUGUAACUAUUGUGGUGCAACCUUUAGUCGAAGCUCUAUCCUUGUAGAACACCUAAAAAUUCAUACCGGAAGGAGAGAAUAUGAAUGUAACGAAUGUGAGAAGACAUUUAAAAGUAAUUCAGGCCUCAUUAGACAUCGGGGAUUUCAUGCUGCAGAAUAA